AUGGAGUCGGCCUGGUCUUCCCCAGGGGGCAGCCUGGGAUCUACAGACCCGCAGCUGCAGCAGUUCAUGGAGGCAGAGGUGCAGAAGCAGCGGGUGCAGCUGCUCAUCCACCAGAUGACGGAGCUCUGCUGGGAGAAGUGCGUGGACAAGCCUGGGCCCAGGCUGGACGGCCGGGCCGAGCUCUGCUUGGUGAACUGCGUCGAGCGCUUCAUCGAUACGAGCCAGUUCAUCUUGAAUCGACUGGAGCAGACCCAGAAGGCUAGAUCACCCUUCUCAGAAAGACUUUCCGACUGA